CCUUUUUGGUUCAACGACAUGUAUUUUUGUACUCCUCCCAAAAUCCCCCAGCGACAUCUAUUAUUAACCGGAGGGAGUAAUUGUAUCGAUCAGGUCAUGCGGACCACAUGCAUGCCGUGCAAUUACCGCCGGUGUUUACACUGAAGACUAAAGUAGGGCUGCAGGUUCCAAGUCAAUCGCUGAAGUCACUAGUGAUGACCGUGCGUCUCCAAUGCGAAAUAAAAAUCGGGAGGUGGAUGGAUGGACUCCCUCCAAUUUCUGUACAAAAAAAGACGCCAGUCCCGUGCAUUCAGCCGUUCAGCGUCCUAGCUAGUAGCUACCACCAUAGCUUGAGAGGAAGCAAAAUUCUCCCAUUGAUCUCCGUUCUCCCACCUCCCUCGUCAUGCGUCCCCUCCUUGUUCUUUCUGGGCUUCUUUUCUCCCUGCACACUCCCUCGUGCUCCGUGGCCACGGACACACUCUCACGCGGCCAUGCACUCUCGGGGGACGAGAGGCUCGUCUCCGGCAAUGGCAAGUUCGCGCUCGGCUUCUUCCAGACCGGCAGUAAGUCCUCCCACAACACUCUGAACUGGUACUUGGGCAUAUGGUACAACAGAGUCCCCAAGCUUACCCCAGUGUGGACUGCCAACGGGGACAACCCACUCACGGACCCCACCUCGUCGGAGCUCACAAUCUCCAAUGGUGGUAACCUGGUCAUCUUGAACCAAUCCACCAACUCCGUGGUCUGGUCCACCCAAAUAAAUACAACCAACAACACCGUAGCUAUACUGUUGAACAAUGGAAACCUCAUCCUACAGAACUCCUCACACUCAUCCAAUGUGUUGUGGCAGAGCUUUGACUACCCCACAGACACUUUCCUCCCUGGUGCAAAACUUGGCUGGGACAAGGUCACUGGCUUGAACCGCCGUCUUGUUUCUAGGAAGAAUUUGAUCGAUCUAGCUCCUGGAAGAUACUGUGAGGAGUUGGACCCAAGUGGUGUUAAUCAGUUCAUCUUCACACUAUUGAACUUGUCCAUACCAUAUUGGUUCAGCGGGGUAUGGAACGGCCAAUACUUUCCCUCGGUGCCAGAGAUGUCAGCGCAGGGAUCAGGGCCUGCCAUGUCCAAUUUUACAUUUGUCAGUAAUGACCAAGAGAAGUAUUUCACAUAUAACUUACUAGAUGAAACGAUAGUUACCCAUCAUCUAUUGGAUGUCUCAGGUCGAACAACGACAUCCAUUUGGCUUGAGAGCUCACAAGAUUGGGUAAUGCACUACGCCCAACCUAGAGCUCAGUGUGAUGUCUAUGCAGUAUGUGGACCUUUCACAGUUUGUAACGAUAAUGAGCUUCUGUUCUGCAAAUGCAUGAAGGGUUUCUCCAUAGGAUCACCAGAGGAUUGGGAGCUAGAGGAUAGAACAGGUGGGUGCAUCAGAAAUACUCCAUUGGACUGUGUUAGCAACAAAAGCACAGGAAGUUCAACCGACAAGUUCUAUUCUAUACCAUGUGUCAGGCUACCUCAUAACGCUCACCACAUAGAAGCUGCUACCAGUGCAGAUAAAUGUGAAACAGUUUGCUUAAUUAAGUGUUCUUGUACUGCAUAUUCCUAUUACCUUGGUGACUGCUUCAUCUGGCACAAUGAAUUACUCAAUGUGAAACAGCAGCAGUGUAAUGACAUAACUGAUACUAAUGGAGGAACUUUAUUCCUUCGCCUUUCUGAGAAAGAGGAGCAAAGUCAGGAAAACAGUGUAAGAGGAACGAUGAUUGCCAUCAGCCUUGGUGUAAGCUUUCCCAUCUUGUUUUCUCUGGCACUUGUACUAAAGAUUUGGUGGAACAAGAGAAAGAGGUAUAGCUUCACAUUGAACAAUGCUCAAGGUGGUAGUGGAAUUGUUGCAUUUAGAUAUACUGAUUUGCAGCAUGCAACUAAGAACUUCUCAGAAAAGCUGGGAGAAGGCGGCUUUGGUUCAAUAUUCAAGGGAUUUCUACGCGACUCAACAACCGUAGCUGUUAAAAGGCUUGAUGGAGUGCACCAAGGAGAGAAACAGUUCAGGGCUGAAGUUAGCUCGCUUGGACUUAUCCAACAUAUAAAUUUAAUUAAGCUAAUUGGCUUCUGUUGCAGCAGUGAUAGAAAAUUGCUUGUCUAUGAAUAUAUGCCAAAUCGUUCCCUUGACAUCCAUCUAUUCUCAGGCGAUGCUGAAGUCUUGAACUGGAAUACAAGGUAUCAAAUUGCUCUUGGAGUAGCUAGAGGACUAGCCUAUUUGCAUGAGAGCUGCCGAGACUGCAUUAUACACUGUGACGUUAAACCUCAAAACAUACUUCUAGAUGAAUCAUUCAUCCCAAAAAUUGCGGACUUCGGAAUGGCAAAGUUUUUAGGAAGGGAUUUCAGCCGAGCUUUGACUACAAUGAGAGGAACCAUAGGAUAUCUUGCACCUGAAUGGAUUAGUGGAGUGGCCAUCACACCAAAAGUUGAUGUUUACAGUUAUGGAAUGCUUUUGUUGGAAAUUGUUUCAGGCAGGAGGAACUCGCAUAGAGAAUAUACCACUAUUAGUGAUGAUGAUGCUUAUUUUCCUGUGCAAGUCGCACGUAAGCUUCUUGUCGGAGAUGUUGGAAGCUUGGUGGAUCACAAAUUACAUGGGGAUGUAAAUAUAAAGGAAGCUGAAAGAGCUUGUAAGGUUGCUUGUUGGUGCAUCCAAGACAAUGAGGUCGAUCGACCGACGAUGGGUGAAGUGGUUCAAAUUCUGGAGGGUUUAAUAGAAGUUGGCAUGCCUCCAAUGCCGAGACUACUUCAAGCUAUUGCAGGGGGCUCUCAUUCAGCUUGAGUCUAGUCUUUAUUUACAAAAAAUAUAUGAAUAAGAAGGGCUGAGCCAAACUUUUCAUCAGCAGUGACAGGAUUAGCGUUUAUGUUGUCUUACUUUUAAACUUGCCGGAUGUGAAAUAUAGAUUUAUGUCAAUUACUGAAAUCAAUAUAUCAUGUAUCAGUGGUUUUACGAUAAAAGAAAAUUAGCCUGUGAUUGUCCU